AUGUCUGACAUCUCUGCUCACUGAAAGAAGGAAGAACUGAUUACAAAGCCAGUGCGGCCAAGCAGAAGAGAAACAGAAGAGAGGGGAGAGAGGCAGGGAGGGAGGGAAGAAGGGAUAAAUGCAAAAAAGGCCGUCUGAAUAAAACACAGAAAGAGACUGAAAGAGAUGCACAAGGAACAAAAACACGCUGUGUUCGUGAAAGGGAGCUGGUGAGAGCAAUAGAAAGCAGGCAGACUUCAGUCGCUGGUGUUGCUGAUCUGCAGUCCUCUCUCUCCCUCUCUUUCCCUCCCUGCCUCUCUGUCUCGCCCCGUGCCAGCUUGGACCGAGCCUUGUGUGCGACGUGGAGACUCCUGCGGUGGCUGCUCCCCUCCCAGCAGCCUCCGGCUCUGUUUGGGCUAUGGUCCUGACUGAGAACCGGGGCAUCACCCAGAUGCACGACUCCGACUGUGUGGGUGGGUAAAGGCAACAAACAACAGCAUGGGAGCAAAGCAGAUGAAAUGCCUGAGCUCAGCCAGCCCUGCCCACUCCCCCAAAGAGGAAUACGUUAUCGCCCAGUCCGCUGAGGCCACCACAGAAGAAAUAGUCCCCGAUCAGUCUGAUUACCAGGAGGAAACUCAGGAAGACAAAUCCAAGCCGACAGAGAGGAAAUCUGUCCCAGAGGAUGUGCCACUCUGUGGCUUAUGUCCCAUGCUUGGCCUUGAUGGGCAGGAGGAAGAAAGGUCCUGGGAGGAGCAGCUGGAUGCUCACCAGGAGCAGCUGGAGAAGGAGAUGCAAGAAGCCAGGAGGAUGGUGUUCCGGUUACAGGGUUUGCUGCUGCAUGGCUCCCUCCCUGAAGAAGACCAGGACGGAUCUGGGAGCUUCGGGGACAACCGAGCGACCACAGAGCAGCAGCUGGUUCUAAUCCGCAGUCGUCUGGACCAAAGCAUGGAAGAAGCCCUUGAUCUGAAGAGGGAGCUCCUGAGGCACAAACAGGAGACGCGACAUAUUCAGGCCAUCAAGGAUGCUAUGCAGCAGCGCCUGUCAGUGCAGGAGGAUGCUGUACUGCAGCUAAAGCAGGAACUACUGAGGUGCAACAUGGCCAAAGAUCAGUUAGGAGGAGAAAAUGAAGAGCUCAAAUGCAAGCUGAGUGAAAGGAACAAAUUACUCAGUGAAUACGAGCAGCAGCUGGGGAAAAAGGACAGAUUACUGCAGCAGCAGCAACAGAAGCUUGAUGAAGCUCAACAUAAAGCACAUGAAGUCAGCCACGGACGGUCAUUUAGGGUGGAAAAUGGUGGAUAUAGUAAUUCAGUGGCAUCAACUUCUCCUUCAACGUUUCAGCGCAAUACACCGGGUGAAGAGCUGCAGCUCGUCAGGGGAGCGCUGCGGAGUCUCAGGGACAGUUUCUCGGGUCAUGACCCCCAGCAUCACACCCUGGACACUUUGGAGCAGGGUGUAUCGAGCCUCAUGGACCGACUCCACUCCUUGGACACCCAGCGGAGACGGGAGAGAGGGGAGGAAUUUAAAUCGCCAGGACGCAGAGCCAACUCAACAGAUCGUGACUCCUGGCCGCCGAGCUCAAAAAUGGCGCACUCACACAGCAGCCCGGGACUGGAUGCUGUUGUCUCUACUAAAGUGCUCUAUUUCACAGAUCGCUCACUCACUCCGUUUUUGAUUAACAUCCCAAAAAGGCUGGGUGAAGUGACACUGCGAGACUUUAAGGCUGCUGUAGACAGACAGGGCAAUUUCAGAUAUCACUUCAAGGCUCUUGACCCAGAGUUUGGCACAGUGAAAGAGGAGGUGUUUCAGGAUGGAGCAGUGGUCCCCGGCUGGGAGGGGAAGAUUGUGGCGUGGAUGGAGGAGGAGCACGGAGAGCGGAGGUAGAGCUCCGAAUACCAGAGAUCACCACUACAAACCUCAUUCGCCCCUACUGGAUCAAGAAUUUUACUCAAAAUAUUUGUCAAUGCUUUAUGGAAAAAGUUGUUAAACAUACCUGGGAUCAAGGGAGAUAACACCUUUCUCAUGCAGCAAUGUUCUAAAAGUGAAUGUUUCAUACCAAGAAAUGACUUGACAUUUGGGUACUGCUUUAUUUAAUAGAAUUGCAUAUUACACAUUGUUUCCAGCUUGAAAAUGAACAUGUCCAACUAGAAUAUUAAUAGUCAGUAAUGUGAUACUCAAAGCUUUAAACUUAAAAAAAAAAAUGUUUGAUUUUUUCAUAAAGGUUUUAAUGUGCGCAUUGAAUGCAUUUUUCACAAAGUUCCACAUUGCCAAAAAGUCUGGUGUUCUGCAUCAAUUUUGAUGUUUUAAUAAACAUAAAUUAUUGCAUUGAA